AAUCCUAGUAGAAACCCUGAUAUAAGUGUAGUUCAGUGAUAUUCAGUAAAAGAUCAAAAUGUGAAUGGAAUUGCUGGUUUUCCUGCUGAAAAUAAGUCAAAUGUCAUGCUGGUUUGGGUGACUUUGGGAGAAGGGACACUGAGUGUCGAGUUCUGUCAUUUUUGUUUCUGGGUUAUCUGGGUCAGAGUGCUCUGAGAAGCUUUUUCCACUGCGGGUUCUGUCUCAGGUAGUUUGAUUCGCCCCCUGCUGUGCAGCUUUGCACCUCAGACGAUGUCCAUUUUUCUUUCCUCAGCUGGCGGCGCUCUGCGCAAAAUAGCUGGUUUGUGACCCACGAUGAUGCAGGUCUCAAAGAAGUUCCUCCUCCACCACAGUCUGUUACAGCCGUGGCUUCACAGCCAAAACUAAACAUGAAAGAGACUUGUCAUGUUUAUUUUACGAGGAAAUAGCAAAAACAAGCUCCAUAAUAUGGAGCGUCUUGAUUGAUCCACGCUGCUCUCACAACACUUUGAACAAAGUGAGAGAGAUUACUGACGGUCGAGAAGGUUUUAAUCAUUGAAGUACAGAUCCUGACGUCGGAAAUGAUCAGUGAAUAGUCUGGUGAUCUUCAGUAACUUGGGGAAAAUCAAGCUGCGUUUUUCCUCUUCACUGUCCUCCUCAUGCAGACAGCAGCGCUGCAGUCACAUCACAGCAGUGAAAACAGUUACUGUAGAGCGCAGCAUUAUUCAUUUAAGUAAAUCUGUCUGUCAAUAAAAUCAGGUGUUUAUCAGUCUCAUAAAGGCAAAAAUGUGAGUUAUCAAACAUCCGCGCACAUUGCGAGUCCCGGACCGCUGCCCUGCUCUCCUGUUCCCAGGCACUAUUUUCCUGCAGCUUCGAGCUGCACACCUCAGUGUUCUGGGAGUUUGAGAAGUUGUUUUUAAACGAUGUCAUGCGAUCCGACAGCAUUCAAACCCUUUACUGCCUGGCAUUUAUCAUGUUUGUGUGGAGUCGCGCUGUACACGUAGUUUCCGGCAUCUUGCGCCGAGUCGCCUGAGGUGAGAAGCUCACCACCCACUGAGAGUUUCCCGAGACAAAGUGCAGGUCCCCAGCCGGGAUCAAGUGCAUGGCCAAAACCCGACUCGCUUGUGUUCAGAUCACAGACUUCUGAGCCAAAAGAGCUUUGUCUUGUGAUAGAACCCGCAGUGUGAAAGCGAGAAGAUGCACACAGUGUUGGCAGCUACAGGGAUGAAUCAAGCCACCGUUGCUGUGCAAUUGAAGACUGAUUCUGGUUUGAAAAUCAAAAUGCCUUUCUUUAAAAUAGACUUCUUCAUUGACCGUGUUUCUUACGUUAUAGUUAUAGUGAGACUGUAAGCUCAACAUCUGUUGCUGAACUUGUAAUGUGUUGAUACAGUCGUGGUGAGGCGCUGUUGUUGGCGGAGGUCUGCUCUCUUCAAGUGCUUUUCUUUUCCAAGCUCUCUUUGGCUCCAGGACAAUGCAUUGUCUAGUUUCAGUCUGUUCAUCACUCUGCAGGGGACUCGUACGCUGCUGACUCAUCGUAUUUACAGAGCGCCUCUGCUGUGUUGCCCCCCUCCUUUGCAUUGACCAAUCUCAAGGUGAAGUGUGCAUGUGAGCGUGCGUGUGUUUGCUUUCACUCAGUCCUGUUGCCUGAGUGAACACCCAUGAGAGAGCGAAGGGGGAUGGGAGAGGAUAAACAGGAGCACCGAGUAGGAGUUCUAUGGGCAUUAAAAGCACUAUUUCAUUCAUUGUGUAUUUUCAAGUGAAAGAAAAACAGAGGGAUCUGAUGUUCUAAAAGGUCUCAGGUCUGAAAACCAUUAUCUGUUUUUUACUUUUUUAUGUAGCACACACACCUGUGCCGUCAUCACAGUACUUGCGCUUCACUUUGUUUUUGGUAAAACAAAGCGAUGGACAGGAUGUAAAUAUACUAUCAUCCUAAAUCUGGGAUCAGGAUCAUAUUUGUUUGAAAGUUCUCAGCAUAAUGUUGUUAUAAGAAGCCAUUUUUUCCCUAGUUAAGCGGAGAAGCUUUAACCAUGGAGUUACAGGCUUUAUUUAUUUGAUAGGCUCACAAAUACUAUCAACAGCUUCUGACUCCAUAAAAAAUUAUAGCAGAAAACAAAAGGUUGAUUCACGACUUUAUUUGUAUGAGAUUUGCUCGUAGUGUGAGUGGAUCCACCGAAGUCGAGAAUGAUAUCGGCAGUGGAAUGUUAGUUACCAGUUUAACUUGCACAGUUUGAGUUACCUACACAGGAGAAGUCAAGACUUCCGAAGUGAAUGUUUUGGACUUGUGCAGUGCACAACCAAUAUUUACUUCGCAAAGCUGAUGUCAUCCCUCGUUGAAGUAAAAAACGUGCAGACUGUUGGCAACAUUCAGUUGGAAGAAUCUAUGCUGACGCUUUAAAAUGUCGCAAUACUGUUGUAUUUAUUAUUUUUCCUCAUCCUUCAGUCGGUUGUUUUUUGUAAAAAACAUAAUUUCAAUUAUUUAGGUUGCAAUUCCAUGAUUCAAAUUUAAAUGCUUUGACGUCAAUGCUGUAUGAAUUAUUGUAUUAGCAAUAAAAUAUGAAUUAUUAUUCUUUAAAUGUAAUAUUUUUUUUAUUUAUUUCACCUACUUUUCAUUGUGGUCAAACUUAUUCAGUGGUAAUUUGUUGGAGACUUGUUAUCAUAUUUAGACAUUUAAUAGUCGAAAAUGAAAAAGUAUUCUUGUGGCUUUUAUCUGAGUUUCUACCUUAUCCUUUAACGUCUUUGAUCUAAUUUGGAUAAUAGCUACUUACCAUUAAAGUUGCGGGACAGUCGUCAUUACCUGUCAAAUUUCCAUUAUUGAGUUUUGUACGGUGCUGGAGGAAUAAAUAAUAUCUAUUUUCUGUGAAUGCAAUGGUGAUGCUGAAAUAUUUUCAUCCUCAGGCUACUUUUUUUUUAAAAUAUCAAUUUGGAUUAACACUGUUUUUUUCAACAUGUGUUUAGUUAAACCUUGCUAGUAUUUUAAAGAAUAGCAAAUUUUUCAGUCGACGAUUCCUGACUGACCAGGUGAAUAUUAAGUGUUUGUGUGUAAAGCAUCUCAGCUUCUAACACUUAUCUGACGUUAAAGUCUGAGUGACACCGUCAGACUGAUGAAUUAAGCUGCUCAGGGCUUCGGUCACCAUUGCUGAGCUGAAGAUUUGCUCCACAGUGUUUCGGUGCUCUCUCUCUUCCUCGACACUGAACACCUGAGCAUGGUGCUGUUAAGCAUUGGCUACAUCAUAGGGGGACAUAUAGGGGUUUAAUUCAACCCCAAAGUGGAUAUAUGCUCAACAAGCUAAGGCUCGGUGGCAACGGACCUGAUGGCGUCUUUCAGGGAUUAGUCUUUUCCUUCCACUCACUUCUCCUCUCUGUUGGUGCGAGGAUUUACUGAAGCUCCCACCAGAUGCAGCUCUGAGUGGCCGACCACUACCGUGUCAGCAUGUCAGGCACACUCCGACGAAAGUGCUAUCUGAACAGCAUCAGUAAAGCCAUCAACUCAUCUGAGGCGCCUGUGAAGGAGAAACAUGCCCGACGGAUCAUCCUGGGGACCCACAGAGAGAAGGGAGCUCACACCUUCUGGUCCUACGCCUUGGGCUUUCCACUGGCUGGCAGCUCCAUUCUCAGCUGGAAGUUCUGCCAUGUGCUGCACAAAGUCCUGCGGGACGGUCAUCGAAACGUCUUACAGGACUGCAUGAGACAUCACAGUUCCCUUGUUGAAGUUGGACUCCUAUGGGGAAACCUGCAUGACAGAUAUGGACAGUUGGUUGCUCUGUACACAAAGCUACUCUGCACUAAACUGGAGUUCCAUGCAAAGCAUUCUGAAAUCCCACCCAAUCUGGAGGUUACAGAUGAAGUCCUGGAGCGCACUGCCGGCACAGACAUUAAUAACGUGUUCCAGCUCACAGUGGAGGUGUUCGAUUACAUGGACGCCGAGCUGAAGUUGGCUGAGACAGUCAUCCGACAGCUCAAUACCUCCAUUGCCAUCUCCACCCUGACAUCCGGACAGUGUCGACUGGCUCCACUCAUCCAGGUCAUACAGGACUGCAGUCACCUUUACCACUUCACAGUCAAGCUGCUCUUCAAACUGCAUUCAUGUCUCCCUGCUGACACUUUACAGGGACACCGCGAUCGGUUCCACGACCAAUUCCGCAGCUUGAAGACCUUCUUCAACAGAGCCAGAGACAUGCUCUACUUCAAGAGACUCAUCCAAAUCCCAAAGCUGCCUGAUUCUCCUCCCAACUUCCUUCAUGCGGCAGCUCUGGCAAAGCAUGUGAAACCAGUGGUAGUUAUCCCUGAUGACGAUGAGCCAGAGCAGCAGGAUGAUGACGACGAUGACCCUGAGCCACUAAUUGAGGUCAGUGACGUCUCCACGCCCAGCGUCCAGGCCCAGCCGCAGCAGCUGGACAUAUUCGACCAGGCGUUUGGACCCCCCAACGGAGGCUUCGAUGACAGGGAUCUUCAGAUUGAGAGCCUAAAACAGGACCUGGAGCUGUUGAGAGCAGAGCUGGAAAAAGUGAAAGCAGAGGCUCAGCGGUACAUCAUGCAGCUCAAGUCACAGAUCAAUAGUUUAGAGGCAGAGCUGGAAGAGCAGCGACUGCAGAAGCAGCGAGCGCUUGUGGAGAAUGAGCAGCUGCGCAUGGAACUGGAAGCGACACGCCGGCGUAACGCAGAGCAUGAGGGCCUGCAGAGCACAUUUAUUGAAGCAGAGAAAAGAGCCCAAGCUACUGAGCAGCGCUACAAUAAACUGAAGGAGAAACACACUGAGCUGGUGGCCAGUCAUGCUGAGCUACUGCGGAAGAGCGCCGACACCGUCAGGAUGUUGUCUGCAACACAGCAAACUCAGGAUGAGGUCGAGCGGACCAAGCAGCAGCUGUCAUUUGAGGUGGAUCGCAUUAAACAGGAGUCUGAUAUGAAGCUGGAGGAGCAGAAGUUCGAAAUGGAGAAGCUGAAAAGAGAGCUGGAUGAGAAGAUUGCCGAAGUGAUGCGCAUUAAGGCGACUUUGCAGACCAGCGAGAAGUCAUCCGAGCAAAUGAACAGCUCAAUGACGGCGUUGCAAGCAGAAAAGGAGCGUCUGAUGCGAUCUGUCAGUGAGAAAGAGGCAGAGCUGUCAUCCCUGCGCCAGUCUUCCCAGGUGCAGCAGUCGUCUCUCCAGCAGGAGCGAGAUAGGAACAGCAGGGAGCUGGUAGAGCUGCAGGCCAAACUGCAGGAGAAGUCGAAGCAAGAAGAGCAGCUGAAGCAAAAGCUUCUGGAUGAGCAGUUCACUCUGCUGCAGUGCACUGUUUCCGAAGCUGAAAACAUCAUCCAAGAUGCUGUCGCUAAACUGGACGAUCCCCUUCACAUACGCUGCACCAGUUCUCCAGACUACCUUGUCAGUCGUGCGGAGGCAACGCUGAGCUCCAUCGACAAGGUGAAAAAGGGACAUGCCGAUUAUCUGAACAACAUGGGAGAUGCUGGAGGGCUGCUGAGGUCUCUGACCCAGUUCUCACACUCGGCUGCAGAUACAAUCAUUAACGGCAGCGCAACUGCACACAUGGCACCGACUGACCACGCGGACCGACUGACGGAGAACUGCAGGGGUUGUGCCACCGAGUGUCUCCAGUACCUGAAGGAGCUGAAGUCCAAGGCCUCCUUACAGAGGGCAGACCCUGCUGCCAUCCGAGUCAUAGUACAGAAGAUUCUGUAUCUAGGCCAGGAACUGAGACCAAAGGGAAUGGACGUCCGUCAGGAUGAGCUGGGGGAUCUAGUAGACAAGGAAAUGGCUGCGACAUCGGCAGCUAUCGAGGACGCCGUCCGCAGGAUUGAUGAAAUGAUGAAUCAGGCUCGUAAGGACACGUCCGGAAUUAAACUGGAGGUCAAUGAAAGAAUCCUCAACAGCUGCACCGACCUGAUGAAGGCCAUUCGCAUGUUGAUCAUUGCCUCCACGGACCUGCAAAAAGAGAUCGUGGAGGGCGGCAGAGGCGCUGCCUCCAUCAAGGAAUUUUACGCCCGGAACUCCCGCUGGACAGAAGGACUCAUUUCUGCGGCAAAGGCAGUCGGCUGGGGGGCUUCAGAGAUGGUGGAGUCUGCGGAUAAAGUGGUGCUCCACACUGGGAAGUACGAGGAGCUGAUCGUCUGCUCUCAUGAGAUCGCUGCCAGCACUGCUCAACUGGUGGCCGCCUCCAAGGUCAAAGCGGAUCGCAACAGUAAGAAGCUGACGGUCCUCCAGCAGGCGUCUCGACACGUGAAUGAAAUGGCAGCAAAUGUUGUGGCUUCAACCAAAACAGGGCAGGAGCACUUGGAGGAGAAAGACACCAUGGACUUCUCCGGAAUGUCGCUGAUCAAGUUGAGGAAAGAGGAGAUGGAGUCUCAGGUGAAGGUCUUGGAGCUGGAGAGUCAACUGGAAAAUGAGCGCCUGCGCUUGGGCGAGUUGAGGAAGAAGCAUUAUGUGUUGGCUGGAGUUCCUCUGGAGGAGGUUCCUGAGGGAAACGGCGAGGCCUCUUCGCUGCCCAAUCCUUCUACCAUGUCACCCAAGCUUGGCAAGCCAACCAUCAUGAGGAAACCAGCUUUGGCCCAGAAGCCCACCAUCCCACCUAAAUCCAUGUUCAAGUAGAGGACCGUUUCCACCACAUCCUGACAAUCCCUUUUUUAUAUUUUUGCCAAACUCGACCAGAAGCCUGAGGUUUGAUUCUCAACGCCUGAAGGGGAUAAAACCCUGCCCUUAAUGCCACAUGCCAUCCAAGCACAUCCGCGUUCCACAUCUUAGUUUGGCAUUCAAAGCAAAAUAGGGAAAUGAUUUUGUCGCUUUUGUGUGAAUGAUUGUUUUUUUUUUUUUCUUGUGUGGAGCUUUUUAGGUGCGUUUCAAGACUCCAAACUUUCUGUCCAUUUUUAUUUGCCGGUGUCGCCCGUCUUUGCAACCUACUGAUUUGUGUCACAUGUAGCUAAGGUUCACUAAAGCUGCCGUUGCUCAGACAUGGAGAGGACUUGUCAUAUUUCUACUCUUAAGUUUGACAUACCUCGUGCAUUGCCUUCAUCUUGCAUGAAAAACCUUUAACAGUACAAGAUUGUGUCGGAGGCCUUGGACUACUGCUUUCAAUCUCAUAUACUAAUAUAAUGUAUGAACAUGUAACUUAAAACUGCUGAAUGUCUCUCUCCACGUAGAGCUCAAGGUGUACAUUUAGGGUUUUAGCUUUUCCGACAGGGUCCUCAAAUGUAUCUUUUAAUCUUCGGUCACCUUAAACAACUCUCUUUCUACUGUCUAUCAUCUAGUAAUAUAAACGUAUAUUUUAGUAAUGGUUAUGGUGAGAAGUGUAAAUGUUUGACUAAUGAAAAUAAAUCUUAAUUUAAAUGACACUUUUGUCUUUCU